UGGGCAGGGAGGGCUGCUUCACCACAUCGUCAUGCAGCAGACAUGCUUUCCUUUUGAAAGGAUUUUCUGGUAAACAUAGCUUGGGCCGGAAGGCUGGAGACAGAAAGAUACGUGUCUGAAGCUGCCUGUGUUGGUGCUGGCCUCCAGCCAUCCCUGCAGGCAGAGAGCACGUUCUAGAAAGGAAGUGGCUGGACUGGGAACACAAGGGGACCCGUCUCCCCAGAUCUGGCCAAAGGCCUUAGGGACACAGAGAAGUGGCUUUGGGAACUUCCGUGGAAGGUACACACCUCAGGGUGGGGAGAGAGCUUUGUGCUCUGUGAUGUUGUGAUUUUUAAUAAGAAAUAUAGUAACUAUAGUCACCGUGCUGUACGUUACAUCUCAGAGCUGAUGAUACCGUAUCACAUUUUUGAAAGUUGCUAAGAAUGUAGAUCUUACAAGUCCUCAUCACAAGAAAGAAAUGUUAAGUAUGAGGACAGAUGUUAACUCAUCAUGGUGACUAUUUCACAAUACCUACAAAUGUAGGAAAAAAGAGAAAUAUAUUAUUUGGUCUGUGUCAGUUCCUGACAAGGGGCUCCUAAAACCCUUGGGAGUGAAAAGAGCAUCGUCUUCUGUUAUGUUAAUGAAGGGACUUCAGGUCGUAGUGUUUUGUUAACGAGAUGGGAACCCUUUGCCUGGGGAAGCGAUCCUGUGACCAGAGGGCUGAAAUUUUCAGUCCCACCCCCAGCCUCCCAGAAGGGAAGAGGGGCAGGAAGUUGAGUUUAGUCACUGAUGGCCAAUGAUUUCAUCAAUCAUGUCUAUGGAAUGAAGCCUCCUUAAAACCCAAGCGGGUUUGGAGAGCUUCUGGUGAGCAUGUGAUUUGGGAGAGUGGCGCUCACGGGGAGUGUGGAAGCUCCCCACGCGUCCCACGCCUGCCCUCUGGGUCUUUCCAUCCGGCUCUUCUUGAGUUAAAUCCUUUUAUAAUAAGCCUGUGAUCUAGUAAGUAAAACGUUUCCCUGUGAGCCGCUCUAGCAAAUUAUUCAACUCCAAGGAGGGGGUCAUUGGAACCUCCGAUUGAGCUAUAGCUGGUUGCUCAGAAGCACGGGUGACAACCUGUACCUGCUAGCCAUUGGCAUCUGAAGUGGGCAGUGUCGACUGGGGAAAAAAAAAUGCACAACGUGAGAGUUGUGAGUUAAGUUUUAUUGGGGGCAGAAUGAGGACUACGGCCUGGGAGAUAGCAUCUCAGAUAACUCUGAGAAACUGCUCCAAAGAGGUAGGAGGGAAGGUCAGUGUCACAUAUGAUUUUAGUGAAGGGGGUACGUGCAGUCAAGUGCACAUUUUGACAGAGACUGACUGCUAGUCAGGGAGAGCAGAGGUCACCGUUAAUGAUUGUAGUGCUUUUCUAGAUACGAGGAGAUGCAAGCAUUGGGCUCAUACAAUCUUCUCCUGCAAAUCUCUAACUAUCUGAAGACCUGUUCUGCCAGUUUUUCCCAGCGCACAGAGGGCCUCCUUCCUGAUCUCCACCCUGAGCUCCUUUCAGGGGGUGUUGACCUUCGGCGACUGCAGCGGAGGGUGACCUCAUCCGUGCGGAGGCAGGUGGCAAGUGACAAUUUGUAGCUGACAGCAGGAUGGGGUGGGAGCUGUUGAGUAGGGCUGAGCCCCUUCUGAUAGCCCUGUGACACCUGAUACCAUGUCCUGGUAAAUAGUGUCAGAAUUGAGUUAACUGCUUGGUGAUGUAGAAAAACACACGCCCUGGAACCGGAACCGGCAUCAGAAUUGAAGCCCCAGAGCCUGGCCUCAGAGCGUCAGGAGCCGUCUUGCGCGUGGUAGUGGUGGCCACCCUCAGUGGUGUCCUGGAACGCUGGCUCUUCUGAAGGGCGAGGACACCUGAUUUCUAGCGUUUGCUGAUUCCCCUUGUAGCAGGUACUGGUACAUGGUUAUGCCUUCCAAGUUUUACUUGGAGAGAGACAGGUAUUGAUGUCAAGUCUGCCCAGCUAAGAAAGGUAUGUGAGUGUCCUAGGGCUGCCGUGGCAAAGUACCCCAGACUGGAGGGCUUAAAUAACAGAAGUGUAUUCUCUCCCAGGUCUGGAGGCUGGAAGCCUGAGAUCAAGGCCUCAGCAGUGUUGGUUCCUCCCUGAGACCCUGAACAGAACCCUCCCUUGCCUAUUCCAGCUUCUGGUCCUUGUCAGCACUCCUUGGCACUAUUUGAGGAAAAUAUCUCAGGAUGCUGAGGUCACACAGCCAGCAGGAAGAAAUAAUCCAGGCCACAUGGUCAGCCGUGACCCGUGACCCAUUCUCCAUGUCUGAUUGUCUGAUUCUGCAGGACAAUCAGACACGGAGCUCUUUCCCGCCUGCUCACACGGAGCCAGGGACUAAGCCAGGGAAGGUUUAGACUUGGAUCCGAGCGUAACGACAUCUUUCUUCCUCUUUCCUGGAAACUGUGGCAAAAUCUCAGUGAACCAGAUUUUUGUUGCUGUAUUCUGCUUUUAGGAGAAAUUAAUUUCUCUUUACUAGGAAGGGAGAUGAGAUAUCCCCACGGGUCCAUGUGAGGGGUCAUACAGAUUCAGCACAGAUCUGUCAAAGGAGAAAGUUUUAAAUGAAUUGCAGGGUUCCCCACGACGCGCGCGCGAGCCUGCCCAGCUGUGGAACUUUCCCAGCAGAAUCCAGGGCCAGUGCAGGUCCUGGAGGCCAGACCCAGGGGCGGCGGUUGGUCACAGGGAGCUGGGAUCCAGGCCCCUGGGACCAGCGACUCCUCUGGGACUGACUGAAGCAUGUAGAAAGCUGGAAACACAGGAGAAGCAAAAAACAGUCCAAAGGAAGAGAGGGCCAGGGAGGAAGGGCUGCUCUUCAAGAUGGCGUUUCUGAACCCUACCCAUGACUAACGGUAACGCUCUGCCUUGAGGUUUCAAAAUCGGAAUGGCGUUACUGUUUCCUCAUUAUCGAAGUAACACACUAUUCGUGAGAAUCCUGAGUCUGUGGGUUUCUAGCCAUGGGACGGUGUCUCGGGUGCUUCACUUGUCUGAACCUCACUUCCCAUCUUAUAGAAUAGGGAAAACGGAAAUGAAAUCCGACAGCACGUGAGACUCCACGCACACGUGAAAAGCGCAAAGGAGACACCCGUGUGGUCGCCGAGCCCCUGAGAACUUCACCUGAGCCUGCUCCUGGCCUCUCUCCCCGCCCAGCUCUGCCCAGCCCGCCUGUCCAUGUGUCUGGCCAGCUGUCCCGUCACCCCGUCGCCAUCCCUGACUCCUCCCUCAGGCAGUUUCCACCCACACCCACCCUCACGAUGCUUCAGAAUCUCCCCUUCGCUCUCACAGCAGAUGUUCCCAAAUUUUCUCCGUCCUGGGCACCCUGACUGUCUCAAUAAUAGGUUCAUGGUGCCCCGACCAAAAGACACGCCCAAUAGUUCUGUUGAUUCAUGAGUUAGGUCCAAAGAACUCAGUAAUCGUAGGUAACGUGGUGGCCAACCGACAUCCCUGUGUAUCCUGGGAAGUUCUGAUGACCCCAAGUGUACCUGCCAGUUUGCUGAGGUUCCCCAAGACGCCUGGGCCCCCAGUUUGGGGACACAGUUUUGCAGCCUUGGCUAAGUCCCUUUUAUCACCUGUUCAUCCCUCAUGGGUCUUAUCUGUGAUGUUAGUCGUCUCAGCACAAUGUGGGGGCAUCUUCAACAGAGGGGGCACCGUCCCCAUGGUCCCAGCUGUCCAUGUUGGGAUGAAUUCGCUCUCCCAGCUAUUCCAGGGCUGGGUGGACCGGAAGGUGGUCAGAAACGAGGCGACAGUCCAGUCUGGGGGGAGGUGGGAGACUGAGCGCGGGCUGCACGGCUGUGCUGGUGUGUGCGGCCAGGCCGGUGGACGGCUCUGGGCUUCCUGACGUGUCCUCAGGUUGAGCCACAACCCCAGCUCUGCCCGUGAGCACCUUCCCUCUGGCGGGACUGAGUUACAUCCUUUUGUAAUAAACUGUCCUCUGCUGGGACGGAGAUCAGCACAGCCUCCAUCCUUGCAGGUGAUGGAGGACACACAAAGGGGCCACGGAUGACUCACAACGAUUCUCUCCUGCCCCUUCAGUGCUCCCUCCGUCCACCUCCUCCUUUGCCCACUCCUGGGCUGCUUCUUCCCCUGGGCUGCUGGUCACGCUCUCGUAAGUGGACACAGCCCAUUGCCCCUGCACGGAUCUAGGUGGGAAGUAGGGACAGGCAGGGUUCCUCUAGGGUGCUUUGGGUCCUGCCCCGUGAGAGGGAAGGCAGGAGACCCCCUCUCUGCAGGUGAUCUCAGUGACACUCGUGUGGCACGGGCCAUCUCUCUCCUGUCCACAGCUGCUCUUAUGCCUUCAGCCUCUUUUUUUUUUUUUUUUUCGGUACGCGGGCCUCUCACUGUUGUGGCCUCUCCCGUUGCGGAGCACAGGCUCCGGACGCGCAGGCUCAGCGGCCAUGGCUCACGGGCCCAGCCGCUCCGCGGCAUGUGGGAUCUUCCCGGACCGGGGCACGAACCCGUGUCCCCUGCAUCGGCAGGCAGGCACUCAACCACUGCGUCACCGGGGAAGCCCCAGCCUCUUAGCUUCUUCUUUUUUUUUUUUUUUUUCUCGGUACACGGGCCUCUCACUGUUGUGGCCUCUCCCGUUGCGGAGCACAGGCUCCGGACGCGCAGGCUCAGCGGCCAUGGCUCAUGGGCCCAGCCUCUCCGCGGCAUGCGGGAUCUUCCCGGACCGGGCACGAACCCGCGUCCCCUGUGUCGGCAGGUGGACUCUCAACCACUGUGCCACCGGGGAAGCCCAGCCUCUUAUCUUUAUAUCAUUAAAGCGAGCUUGGGGCCCCUCACUUGAUAUGAUCCUGCCGCCCCAUCCUGCCACACAGAAGCCCUGACACCAAUGCUCCUCCAUGCCACACCUCCCAGCCGCUCUGUGGAACCACUGCCUCUUCCGCUGCAGCCUCUUCCCCCCACCACCCUGGAUGCUCCAACUCCCACCCCUCCCCCCAGAAAGGCAGAGGACGUACAGGCUCCCCGAGACUAGCUCUUUCAUGCCCCGCUCUAAAGUGCCACAGUCAAACCAUAACACGAGAAUAAUCUUUGGCCUUGGGAACAGGAGCCGAGGCACAAAGCCAAGCCUGCGGCAGCUAGGACCACCCACAGCUCGGCCUGAGCCUCCACACUCCCAAGGCCAGGGCUGCGUGGGGCAGAGGGUCUCUUUCCCUCUUUGACAAAAAGAAGCACUCGAUCCACCAGGAGCGCAAACUCCUCCAGCUGGGCCCUCUGCAAAGUAAUCUCCUGAGUUUUUAUAUUAAGCAAGUUAAUAUAAUUUUACUAUAAGUUCCUUAUAUUAAGGAGAUUAAAUAAAUCCCUGGAUAUGGGUUUUUUUGGGGGGAGAGGGUGGGCCGCACCACUCAUCUCUGUUCCCCGACUGGGGAUUGAACCUGGGACACAGCAGUGAAAGCACCGAAUCCUAACUACUAGACCACCAGGGAACUCCACUGGAUACGUCCUUUAGGGCAAUUUUAUUAAUGAAAAAAAAAAAAGCAGAGAUGUUUUGCAUGAGAUCAUAUUUUCUCUUGAUACUUGCUGGAAGGCUAGGUGUUUUGUAAAACGAAGAAUUUCACUGGGGAGUAUGGUAGCGUGGGAGACUGUGAGAUGCGGAACACAUCAAAGGCUAAACCACAGGGACUGAGAGAAAUUCAGAAGAACAGGAAGAUACAAAACAGCUGGAAGAAAUCCAGAUUUAUUUUUGGUCCCCAACCAGAGGGAGGGGCUGUCUGAGAGCCCUUUCCUCUAAAGCUAGCUUACGCCACGGGGCGCUCCGAGGGCUAGGCGCCAGCGGUUCCUGGCCAGGUAGUGUCUGCAUCGUUCCCACGCAGCCCCAAACAUUGGGAUCGGCCGACAGGUUGGCUGUGAGGCUGGCCUUCCAACCAAUUCACUCGUGAGUUUGUGCAGAGCGAUCUCACUGCCCUUCAUCCACAAGAGGGAACAGAAGUGCUGGCUUAGGAUUUGAACACAGAGAGCUUGCCAGGAAUAUCGGAGGUGCUGAGCAGUGGUGACCGCACCCACCAGCUUCCCAGGAGACAGCUGGUGCCUAAGCCCUACGUGCAGCUCAGUUUCCUCCCAACACUGUCCCAAAGAAGAAAUGAAUUCCUUCCAGCAGCAGCCACUACUGCCACCGAGCGCAGCACCUGGACAGAUGAUGUACCCCCCAAACUGGCAGGGGAGAGGAAAGGACCCGGUUUUCCUCGCCAAGGGCUUCAAUCUGCUGAAUUUGAACCACCAGCAGCCAGGAGGAAACAGGGACGGGCAGACGUCAAAGGGGCUUGAGAACAACCUGUACAACAAGUACGAGGAGAAGGUGCGGCCCUGCAUUGACUUCAUCGACUCCCUGCAGGCUCUGGGCGUGGAGCAGGGCCUGGCCCUGCCCACCAUCGCUGUCACUGGGGACCAGAGCUCGGGCAAGAGCUCCGUGCUGGAGGCGCUAUCGGGGGUCGCCCUUCCCAGAGGCAGCGGAAUCAUAACCAGGUGUCCGCUGGUGCUGAAACUGACAAAGCAGGAGUGCAAGUGGACAGGGAGAAUCAGCUGCCGGAAGACGGAGCUCCAGGUGCAAGACCCCUCGGUGGAGAGGGAAAUACGUAAAGCCCAGGAUGCCGUAGCUGCGAAUGGAGUUGGCAUUAGCCACGAGCUCAUUAGUCUGGAGAUCACCUCCCCUGAGGUUCUAGAUCUGACCUUCCUUGAUCUUCCCGGCAUCACCAGGGUGGCCGUGGGAAACCAGCCCCAUGAUGUCGGACUGCAGAUGCGCCUUUCUGGAACUCGGGAAUGGAUCAAGGCACUUAUCAAAAAGUACAUCCAGAGGCAGCAGACAAUCAGCUUAGUGGUGGUCCCCUGCAACGUGGACAUCGCCACCACGGAGGCACUGAGCAUGGCUCAGGAGGUGGACCCCGAUGGAGACAGGACCAUAGGAAUUCUGACCAAACCAGAUCUAGUGGACAAGGGCACUGAGAAAGGUGUCCUGAAAGUCAUGCAGGACCUCACAUACCAUCUCAAGAGAGGUUAUAUGAUAGUGAAGUGUCGGGGUCAGCAGGAGGUCACGAACAAGCUGAGCUUGGCCGAAGCAACCAAGGAGGAAAUGAUGUUCUUUCAAACACAUCCGCACUUCAGGUAAGAUUCUUUAGGACAACCUUGGACUCCAUGGAAAGCAGCCCCGCCUACCGGAAUUGGCCUAGAUGACUACCAAAUUAUAUAUAAAAAUUAUACAAUGGGCAUAA